AGUUGCCGCGACCCGCUAAUCUUUUUUUUCUUCGGUUUCCCCAUCCAACCGAAGCUGCCCCUAGUCCGUUGCCCGUCAAUUUUACCAAGGUACAAGGCACUUAGUUGUAAUUUUCCGCUUCUGAGGUAUUUCACCACUUUUCUUUUUGGCCCUCUUAAACAUUCCUAACACAUUUUUCUCUUCCUUAACCAUCUUCUUACCACCACCGUUACCAUCACAAUUCAGACUCCUCCACUGCGUCGUCUGCAAUGGCUUCCACCCUUCGUCUUAGUUCUUCUGCCUUCCGGGCUACGCUAAGGGCUCCUAGUUUUACGGCCCGUACCACAGCUUUCAAUGCCGUGCGAUGCUACUCCUCUUCCAAGAGCCAGACUCUGAAAGAGCGGUUUGCCGAGUUACUUCCCGAGAAGAUUGAGGAAAUCAAGGCCUUGAGAAAAGAGCAUGGCUCCAAGGUCAUCGAUAAGGUCACCCUCGACCAGGUAUACGGUGGUGCGCGUGGAAUAAAAUCCUUGGUGUGGGAAGGUUCAGUCCUUGACUCCGAGGAAGGUAUCCGCUUCCGUGGAAAGACUAUCCCCGAGUGCCAGGAUGUUCUCCCCAAAGCCCCCGGCGGCAAGGAGCCUUUGCCGGAAGGUCUCUUUUGGCUUCUCUUGACUGGCGAAGUUCCCACCGAGCAGCAGGUCCGAGACCUAUCUGCCGAGUGGGCUGCUCGGUCUGAUAUCCCCAAGUUCGUCGAGGAACUGAUCGACCGCUGCCCCACCGACCUUCACCCGAUGGCGCAAUUCUCUCUAGCCGUUACUGCUCUCGAGCACACCUCGUCUUUCGCCAAGGCUUACGCUAAGGGCAUUAACAAGAAGGAGUACUGGGGAUACACCUUCGAGGACUCUAUGGACUUGAUUGCCAAGCUGCCUACGAUCGCUGCCCGCAUCUACCAGAAUGUCUUCAAGGGUGGCAAGGUUGCAGCAGUCCAGAAAGACAAGGACUACAGUUUCAACUUUGCUAACCAGCUUGGCUUUGGCGAGAACAAGGACUUCAUUGAACUUCUGCGUUUGUACCUGACCAUCCACACUGACCACGAGGGUGGCAACGUGAGUGCGCACACCACGCACCUUGUUGGCAGCGCUCUAAGCUCUCCCUUCCUGUCACUUGCUGCUGGUCUUAAUGGUCUUGCCGGCCCUCUGCACGGUCUUGCUAACCAGGAGGUCCUGAACUGGCUUACUGAGAUGAAGAAGACUGUCGGCGAUGACCUCAGCGACGACAAGAUUACCGAGUACCUAUGGUCUACUUUGAACUCUGGCAGAGUUGUCCCUGGCUACGGCCACGCCGUUCUCCGCAAGACCGAUCCCCGAUACAUGGCCCAGCGCACGUUCGCUCUCGAGAAGAUGCCCAACGACCCCAUGUUCCAGCUAGUCAGCCAAGUGUACAAGAUUGCGCCUAAGGUUCUGACUGAGCACGGCAAGACCAAGAACCCGUACCCCAACGUUGAUGCUCACUCGGGUGUGCUCCUCCAGUACUACGGAUUAACUGAGGCCAACUACUACACGGUUCUCUUCGGUGUAUCGCGUGCUAUUGGUGUCCUCCCGCAACUCAUCAUUGACCGUGCCGUUGGUGCGCCAAUUGAGAGGCCCAAGAGUUUCUCGACUGCCAAGUGGAUUGAGAUCUGCAAGAAGCUAUAAGGACAAAGAACAGAGAACAGAGACGAGUUGGCAGUGGGGUUUUCCUUGGUCUGAAAAGAGCAUGUUUCACGAACGGAAAUAGAAGGGUAUAAUGAGGGCAGCGGUGUAUCAAACGGGGAGUUGAAAUAGAGAUGCUCCUUAUGAUACCAAAUGCUGCACUUGUACAAUAACACGCACGUCAUGAUUCAUAUUUGUAUAGGUAGCUGCAAUUGAUCAUUCACUAUCUAUUUGCAAUGGGGUUUCCGUUUGCGAUAAUAGGGGGGGUUCUCUUGCUAGCUCGUUGUUUGUAUUACCUAAAGAAAUCGCAUCUCAACUGAGGUUAUUCAUUGAUAUUCAUUGACCUUGUUCAUGCUUGGGAUGUUUGUGAGGUUUAUCACCUCAGGUGAUAGUAUUUUGAAGUCGUAUAGUUACAUAUGUACUGAUUACUAUGUGUACAUACAUGUUCAGACACGUGCAUGCGCAGCAUGUGCAUGUGUAACUGUAGGUACCCUAGGUACGUUAUUCGUUGUUCGUUAUUUGCCUAAAAGGAAUAAUCAUUGGGGAAAGUCCGGGCCGCUUGUUGAGGCACUUACAUGUGUAAGCAUCUGUGAUCCUACUAAUUAAUACUAGCAAAC